AUGUCAUCAAGUUAUAUGAAUACGCUUAGAUCAGAUGAAAAUAAAUUCUCUAUUGAACAAUGUUCAAUACAUGUGAAAAAUAUGGAACAUGCAGUUGGAUUUCUUCGAGGUUAUAUCAGUCCAAUUCUUGUUAUCUUUGGUGUAUUUGGUAAUAUGUCAGCAUUUUAUUUAUUUUUAACACAUAAACCAUGGAAUCGAUUUUCAAUUUAUGUAAUGAUAAUAGCUAUCUCUGAUAGUCUUGUCCUUAUAUCGAAUACAUUUUUAGAUGAUUUUCUUGGACGUGGAUUAUACUAUUUAACAAAUGGACAAUUAAUGAUUAAAUUAGAUACUUAUUCAUUAACAACAUGUCGAUUAAUGGAAUUAACUGGUUGUUGGUUUGUAUUCAAUUCUGGUUGUCUACUAGUUGCAUUCAGUAUAGAUCGAGUGAAUUGUUUAUUUUGGCCAUUAAAAUGUAGAUCAAAUGGUGGAAUUGGUAUAGCUUCAUUUGUUUGUGGUCUAAUCAUUUUCAUUGGUUUAUUAUUCAGUUUUCCUUAUGCAAUGCUACAAAAGUUGAUUGAUAAAAAUAUUACAUCCACUACAACAUAUACUACUAUAUCUACGGAUAGUAUGAAUAGUAGUAUCAUUGAUAUUAAAAUGCAUAAAUAUAAUCAUACAUUAUCUCAUUGUUCAGAUGGAAUGUUGAAUUGUACCACCACCACCAACAACAACAACAACUACUACUACUACUACUUAAAUACAUUUAAAAGUUCAUCGGCUUCACUAACAUGUGCACUAGGAACUGAUAGUCAGCUUGGCGGGAAAGAACUCCUCUCAUUUGUAUUCAGUACAGUUUUGACCUAUAUGGUGCCGUGUAUAAUCCUUGUCUUUGUUAAUUCAAUAAUUCUUAUCAAGUUAAUCAGUAUAAAAACACGACGACGUAUUUUAUGCAAAAUUGAUAAUACAAAUGCACAAAUAAUCAGUUGGAGUAGUAAUGGCAAUUCAAGUCUAGCUCAGAAUGAUCAAAAUUCAUCUGUCACUCCAGUUACGUCUACAAUGGCAUCUUUACUCAAACGUAGACGACAUACCAUACUAGAAGAUCGUAGAGAACUUGGUCGUGUUGUAGCCUUGCUACUUUUAUCAUGUUUCUACUUGUGUUUUACAUUUCCAGUUAGUAUUAGUUUGACAAUACGCGCCAGUUUAAAUGAUAAACAUGAUAAAUGUGUACACAUACUUUACGCACAUUUAUCCCGCCUACUAACAUCAAUUAAAGACAUCAAUUAUGUAUUGAAUGGUUAUACAUAUGCAUUAUUCUUUCAAUUUUAUCGAACAAAACUGUUGAAUUUUUUAACCUGUAACUUUGCUAGUGUUCAUCAUCAUCCUCGUUGUCAUCGCCGUCAAGGUGAUGGGAUUGCUACAAUCUCAAAAAGUCAUAUUCAGCAUGAAUCAGUUGAGGUGAAAAGUGAUUUUGCAAGUAAAUGA